AUGGCAGACAUCUCAACAAGCAUGUCUAUCGACGCAAAAGAAUCUGUCCGAGAGGGCACAGAUGAAUCUUUGGAUGCUUCUACACCAGAGGCGGAGACAGAAAUCCCUCCGGAAAGUGUUGGCCAACAAAAGAGGAAGGGCGGUCGAAAGCCUAUCUAUGCUACUUCGGAGGAACGUAAGCAACGCAAUCGUCAGGCGCAAGCAGCUUUCAGAGAGCGUCGCACAGAGUAUAUCAAGCAACUUGAAGAAACCAUUAGAGUUCAUGAGACGAACCUUCACAAUCUCCAGAAUGCUCACAGAAGUGCCGCUGAUGAGUGUCUGAUGCUUCGAUAUAAGAAUUCUCUCCUUGAAAGAGUUCUUCUAGAGAAAGGAAUUGAUGUCCAAGCCGAACUGCGUGCAAAGACAGGAAGUCCUCACCUUGGUCCAACGCAUAUGCAACAGAAUAUGGCUCAGCCACCUACUGUUCAGCGUGCCAUUAUGAACAGACAUCAUCAAGCUAGGCGAUCGAACUCGAGCAUUGCGCCGAAGCUUGAGCCCGGAGUUUCUUUCCAUACCAAUCAAUCGCCACAGUCGAGACCUACUCCACCCUCGCACGCGUCGUCGCCAACGACAAGCUCGCCAGGCUUCAACAACCAAGGUGUACUAACUCCACCUUCUUCUGACUCUCAGAUGCAGCAUCAACAGCAACAACAACAACAACGCCUCCAUGCCGCCAAAACACAAGCGCAGCAUGCAUUGUCAAAUACCACCGGACUUCUCGUUAAUACUAAUGUAGCAUCGCCAUUAGGGGCAAAGGGGCAAGGAAAUGGCAAUGGUACGGGUAAUACAGGAGGCGCUCCGGGAGCUCCUUCUUAUUAUCCGUUAUUCCAAAAUCAUAUUGAGCAACUCGGCAAGCUGUCCCAACAGGAGUACGAUGCGCAAGCCGACAUGGUUGACGAUCAACCCGAAAUCGCAGGGCCCGGCCCGUAUCCCGAAUCGAUUCCCGCUGGUCAACUCAACCAGCAACUCGGUCACCCUCCACACUCGCAAGGUAUGCACGGCGAAAACACACCUCAAGCCUAUAGUUCGAUGACGCAAUUACUUGAUCCUUACGACCCGGUACUCGACAUGGACCCCUUCGGUCUUUCGGCAAGCAUGCAAUUUCCAACUCAAUUCUCUUUCGACACGAGCUCAAUGCGAUGA